AAAUGUAAAAUCUGGUUUAAACCGGUUUCCUAUCUUAAUAUUUCAAUAUAAAAAACUAAAUAAACAUACACAGCCGUUAUUGUAUUUAGCACACUGUAAGGAGAGCACGACGGUGUCCUGCGUCUGAACCCUUACCUCCACAAAAAAACCUGAUUUUUUUCUGAUUUUUUUCUCUGCCUUUUUAAAAACCAGGAUGCCUAAAAGAAAGGCUGAUGGAGACAAGGCUGCCAAAGCCAAGGAAGAGCCAACCAGGCGCUCUGCAAGACUCUCUGCCAAACCGGCUCCUCCCAAGCCAGCCCCCAAGCCUAAGAAAGCUGCCCCCAAGAAAGCAGCCAAAGGAAAGAAGGGCGCGAAUCCUGCUGAGAAUGGAGAUGCCAAGGCAGAGCAGGCGCAAAAAGCCGAAGCCGCAGCAGACGCCAAAUGAAAAGCCAAGCAAUUGUUUAAUGCUUCUGUGUACUUGGUGACUGUACAGUUUGAAAUAACUAUUUUUUACCAAGUUUUAUAUUAAGAAUAUCGUUUAUAGUUUGUUGUUUGCCUUCAUGUCCAUUUUUAAUGAAGCCGCCCACACCCUUGCUAAAAUAUUUUGCCCUCGCUUAAUUGGUUUUAAUCACCUGGACAGUUUUCUGGGUCUUUUAAUUAUAUUUUAGACACCAAACAUUCUCAUAAGGCAGCUAUAGUGUGUUUUAAACUGUUCUCGUGUGCUUACAGAAAUACUGUAUUUUAAUUCUUGCAUUAUGUUUAUUAACGCAUUUAAGACAAAACAAUCACUAAAUUUUGAACAGAAAGUCAACCAUGGAUAAAUUCAUAAUAUGAAGUCUCCAAACUGUUAAAAAUGUUGUUUUUAUUCUAAGUUAUAUACACCAAUAUUGGAAAGAUGAUUUGUGACUCCUAAAAUCACUUGUUCUAAAUGGUUUUGAAUAAAAUAAAGAUUUCAGAAAAAUGUG